AACCCGGAAGCGCAGCUGCUGUACUUGUGCGCACUUCUGGUUGCGUUACCUUGGUCUCUCAAGACUUAAAAGGUACCCAUGAGCAAUAAAUGAGAUAAUAGAUAUGAAAGUUCUCUGAAAUUUAAAAAGUGCAAGACACACAAAGAAUUUAUGGAUGGUAAAGUGAUGUCACUGCGUGAGCGUGAGCGUUUUUGUGGGAUGUCCAUGGAGCUGGCGGCGGGGGCUGCGCUGCCUCCUGGACCUCGAGUACCCGCUCAGUCAGCUGGGGCCCCCUGUGGACGGCUGCCUCCCUCGCCACUAGGACUUGCCACUCUGCGCGGUAUGGCAGCUUCAGCAGCAUCCCCACCAGUGGCGGUGGCAGCGGCAGCCACGGCCGCCACGGAAGCUAUUGUUCCCUGGUGUUAAAGGAGCUUUCCCUCCUUUUCAUCUGAAACGAACAAUAGCAGGGAAGAGCUUUGCUUUCUGUACUCCUUGGGAAGACGGUCCGAGGGCGAAGAAAGAUCCAACCUCGUUCCGGAGCUGGACCCUGGAGCGCCUGCAGACGGCAUGGGGCUGCAAGCGAGGCGCUCGGCGUUGUGGAGCCCAGGAGCGGAGGGCCCGCGCCGGGGCGUCGUGCAGCUGCUCCCGCUGCUGCUGCUGCUGCUGCUGCAGCUGCUCCGCCCGGGCUUCAGCGGGGCUGCCGCUCCGGGCGCAGCGGAGGCGCCCACCCUCUAUCUGUGGAAGACUGGUCCGUGGGGCCGAUGCAUGGGAGAUGAAUGUGGUCCAGGAGGCAUUCAGACCCGGGCUGUGUGGUGUGCUCAUGUGGAAGGAUGGACAACAUUACAUACAAACUGUAAGCAGGCCGAGAGACCCAGUAACCAGCAAAAUUGUUUCAAAGUUUGUGACUGGCACAAAGAGUUGUACGAUUGGAGGCUGGGAGCGUGGAAUCAGUGUCAGCCCGUGAUUUCAAAAAGCCUGGAGAAGCCCCUUGAGUGCAUUAAGGGGGAAGAAGGCAUUCAAGUGAGAGAGAUAACAUGCAUCCAGAAAGAGAAAGACAUUCCUGCGGAGGAUAUCAUUUGCGAGUACUUUGAGCCCAAGCCUCUCCUAGAGCAGGCCUGCCUCAUCCCUUGCCAGCAAGACUGCAUUGUGUCUGAGUUUUCGGCCUGGUCAGAAUGCUCAAAGACUUGUGGCAGUGGGCUCCAGCACCGGACUCGGCACGUGGUGGCGCCCCCCCAGUUUGGAGGCUCUGGCUGUCCAAACCUGACUGAGUUUCAGGUAUGUCAGUCCAGUCCAUGUGAAGCGGAAGAGAGCAUGUACAGCUUGCAUGUGGGGCCCUGGAGCACAUGCUCAGUGCCCCACUCAAGACAAGUAAGACAAGCAAGGAGGCGUGGGAAGAAUAGAGAACGUGAGAAGGACCGAGGAAAAGGAGUGAAGGAUCCAGAGGCCCGUGAACUUAUUAAGAAAAAGAGAAAUAGAAACAGACAGAACCGACAAGAGAACAAAUAUUGGGACAUCCAGAUUGGAUAUCAGACCAGAGAGGUUACCUGUAUGAACAAGACGGGGAAAGCUGCCAAUUUGAGCUUUUGCCAACAAGAGAAGCUGCCGGUGACCUUCCAGUCCUGUGUGAUCACCAAAGAGUGCCAGGUGUCGGAGUGGUCAGAAUGGAGCCCCUGCUCAAAAACAUGCCUCGAUAGGGCAUCUCCUAAAGGCACUCGUGUGAGGACACGGAUCAUCAGAAAGUUUCCUAUUGGCAGUGAGAAGGAGUGUCCAGAACUUGAGGAAAAAGAACCCUGUGUGUCUCAAGGAGAUGCAGCUACUCCCUGUGCCACGUAUGGCUGGAGAACCACGGAGUGGACCGAGUGCCGCGUGGACCCAUUGCUCAGUCAGCAGGACAAAAGGCGAGGCAACCAGACGGCCCUCUGUGGGGGAGGAGUCCAGACCCGAGAGGUGUACUGCGUUCAGAUCAAUGAAAACCUCCUGUCACACUUAAAUACCCACAAGGACAAAGAAGCCUCAAAGCCAGUGGAUUUGGAAUCUUGCGCUGGUCCUGUCCCUAAUACUUCACAGCUGUGCCACGUUCCCUGUCCUGUUGAAUGUGAGGUUUCGCCUUGGACAGCUUGGGGACCUUGUACUUAUGAAAACUGUAACGACCAGCAAGGCAAGAAAGGUUUCAAACUGAGGAAGCGGCGCAUUACCAGUGAGCCCACGGGGGGCUCUGGGAGCAUUGGGAACUGCCCUCACUUACUGGAAGCCAUUCCCUGCGAGGAGCCAUCCUGCUACGACUGGAAAGCAGUGAGGCUUGCGGACUGUGAACCAGAUAAUGGAAAAGAGUGUGGUCCAGGCAGUCAAGUUCAAGAGGUUGUCUGCAUCAACAGUGAUGGAGAAGAAGUUGACAGACAGCUGUGCAGAGAUGCCAUCUUCCCCAUCCCCGUGGCCUGUUAUGCCCCGUGCCCAAGGGACUGUGUGCUCAGCACUUGGUCUGCGUGGUCGUCCUGCUCACACACCUGCUCAGGGAAAACCACAGAAGGGAAACAGAUUCGAGCGCGGUCCAUUCUGGCCUAUGCGGGUGAGGAAGGUGGAGCUCACUGUCCAAAUACCAGUGCUUUGCAAGAGGUGCGCAGCUGUAACGAGCAUGCCUGUACUGUGUACCACUGGCAAACCGGUCCCUGGGGCCAGUGCAUUGAGGACACCUCAGUAUCAUCCUUCAACACCACUACAACGUGGAACGGGGAGGCCUCUUGCUCUGUCGGCAUGCAGACGAGAAAAGUCAUCUGUGUGCGGGUCAAUGUUGGCCAAGUAGGACCCAAAAAGUGUCCUGAAAGUCUUCGGCCUGAAACAGUGAGGCCCUGUCUGCUUCCUUGUAGGAAGGACUGUAUCGUGACACCAUAUAGUGACUGGACAUCAUGCCCUUCCUCAUGUAAAGAAGGGGAUUCCGGAGUCAAGAAGCAGUCUCGGCACCGGGUCAUCCUUCAGCUGCCAGCCAAUGGAGGCAGGGACUGCAUGGACCCUCUCUAUGAAGAGAAGGUCUGCGAGGCCCCGCAGAUGUGCCAAAGCUACAGGUGGAAGACUCACAAAUGGCGCAGGUGCCAACUAGUCCCAUGGAGCGUACAACAGGACAGCCCCGCAGCGCAGGAGGGCUGUGGACCCGGACGGCAGGCAAGAGCCAUUACUUGUCGAAAGCAAGAUGGAGGACCGGCUGGCAUCCAUGAAUGCCUCCAGUAUGCAGGCCCCGUGCCAGCCCUUACCCAAGCCUGCCAGAUACCCUGCCAAGAUGACUGUCAGUUUACCAGCUGGUCCAGGUUUUCUGCAUGCAAUGGAGACUGUGGUGCAAUUAGGACCAGAAAGCGUACUAUUGUUGGAAAAAGUAAAAAGAAGGACAAAUGUAAAAAUUCUCAUUUGUACCCCUUGAUUGAGACUCAGUAUUGUCCUUGUGACAAAUACAAUGCACAGCCUGUGGGGAACUGGUCAGACUGCAUUUUACCAGAGGGGAAAGUGGAAGUGUUGCUGGGAGUGAAAGUACAAGGAGACAUCAGGGAAUGUGGUCAAGGAUACCGUUAUCAAGCAGUGGCAUGCUACGAUCAAAAUGGCCGGCUCGUGGAAACGUCCAGAUGCAACAGCCAUGGUUACAUCGAAGAGGCCUGUAUCAUCCCCUGCCCCUCCGACUGCAAGCUCAGUGAGUGGUCCAAUUGGUCCCGCUGCAGUAAGUCCUGUGGGAGUGGUGUGAAGGUUCGAUCUAAAUGGCUGCGCGAAAAACCAUACAAUGGAGGAAGGCCUUGCCCCAAACUGGACCAUGUCAACCAGGCACAGGUAUAUGAGGUCGUCCCUUGCCACAGUGACUGCCACCAGUACUUAUGGGUCACAGAGCCAUGGAGCGUCUGCAAGGUGACCUUCGUGAACAUGCGGGAUAACUGCGGAGAGGGCGUGCAAACCCGAAAAGUGAGAUGCAUGCAGAACACAGCGGAUGGCCCUUCUGACCAUGUAGAGGAUUACCUCUGUGACCCAGAGGAGAUGCCCCUGGGCUCUAGAGAAUGCAAAUUACCAUGUCCGGAAGAUUGUGUGAUAUCCGAAUGGGGUCCAUGGACUCGAUGCACUUUGCCUUGUAAUCAAAGCAGUUUCCGGCAAAGGUCAGCAGAUCCCAUCAGACAACCUGCCGAUGAAGGAAGAGUCUGCCCUGAUGCUGUUGAGAAGGAGCCCUGUAACCUGAACAGAAACUGCUUCCACUACGAUUAUAAUGUAACAGACUGGAGUACAUGCCAGCUGAGUGAGAAGGCCGUUUGUGGAAAUGGCAUUAAAACCAGGAUGUUGGAUUGUGUUCGAAGUGAUGGCAAGUCGGUUGACCUGAAAUAUUGUGAAGAGCUUGGCCUGGAGAAGACCUGGCAGAUGAACACAUCCUGCAUGGUGGAAUGCCCUGUGAACUGUCAACUUUCUGACUGGUCUCCCUGGUCAGAAUGUUCUCACACAUGUGGCCUCACAGGAAAAAUGAUCCGAAGACGAGCAGUUACCCAGCCUUUUCAGGGUGAUGGAAGACCAUGUCCUGCCCUGAUGGAACAAUCCAAGCCUUGCCCCGUGAAGCCCUGUUAUCGGUGGCAAUAUGGUCACUGGUCUCCAUGCCAAGUACAGGAUGCCCAGUGUGGAGAAGGGACCAGAACAAGAAACAUUUCUUGUGUAGUGAGUGAUGGGUCAGCUGAUGAUUUCAGCAAAGUAGUGGAUGAAGAAUUCUGUACCGAUGUUGAACCCAUUAUAGAUGGUAACAAACAAAUGGUCCUAGAGGAAACCUGCACUCAGCCUUGCCCAGGUGACUGUUAUUUGAAGGACUGGUCUUCAUGGAGCCUGUGUCAGUUGACCUGUGUGAAUGGUGAGGACCUAGGUUUUGGUGGAAUACAGGUCCGUUCUAGAGCAGUAAUUAUCCAAGAACUAGAGAAUCAACACCUGUGCCCAGAGCAGAUGUUAGAAACAAAAUCAUGUGAUGAUGGACAGUGUUAUGAGUAUAAAUGGAUGGCUAGUGCUUGGAAAGGCUCUUCCCGAACAGUCUGGUGUCAAAGGUCAGAUGGUAUAAAUGUAACAGGGGGCUGCUUGGUGGUACGCCAGCCCGACGCUGACAGGUCUUGUCACCCACCAUGUAGUCAACCCCACUCCUACUGUAGCGAGACGAGGACAUGCAGCUGUGAAGAAGGGUACACUGAAGUCCUGUCUUCUAAUGGUACACUUGAGCAAUGCACACUGAUCCCUGUAGUGGUGAUACCCACCGUGGAGGACAAAAGAGGAGAUGUGAAAACCAGCCGGGCAGUCCAUCCGACCCAACCCUCCAGUAACCCGGCAGGAAGGGGAAGGACCUGGUUUCUACAGCCUUUUGGGCCAGAUGGGAGACUAAAGACCUGGGUAUACGGUGUAGCAGCUGGGGCAUGUGUGUUACUCAUCUUUAUUGUCUCCAUGAUUUAUCUAGCUUGCAAAAAGCCAAAGAAACCCCAAAGAAGGCAAAACAACCGACUGAAACCUUUAACCUUAGCCUAUGAUGGAGAUGCAGACAUGUAAAAUAUAAUUUAUCCUGGCAACAACCAGUUUCAGCUUUCUGACUUUGCAGUAGAUAUCCAGAAGCCACAAAGCUAUUCAAACUGUGUGGAUUAAAAUGCAUUGUACCUUUUUUAAAGAUCAUCAUUAAGAAAAGAGUGAAAACCACAGUGCCAUUGGAGAUAUCAAGACAGUACCACUUACAUAGAAACCAUCAGCCCUGAGAAGUCUAGGACAUUAAGGUGAAUACAUGCUGCCUUCUGAGAGUGUUACGUAUGUGAUCUUUUACGAAACCUACCAACUGGCAAUUUACUUUCAUCUCUAAAAUAUGGUGAUGGAAUUGGCCAAUUAUGAUGCCUCACACAAGCCUCUGUCUGCAGUGCUAACCUGUAGUAACAUUUUAGCAUGUAGAGUUUAUAACGAGAUCUCUACACUACCAUAGGCAAACAUAAUAUCAUGUAACCUCAACUGAAUAAUACAUAUUAUUAUGUCAGAUUAUAUACUUGUUAAUAAGCCAUUUUAAUGAUGAAAAAAGAUAAGCUCAAAGCUGAGCAGAAAACCCACUGAAUAAAUGCAGCAACUUGGUGGUUGAUGGUAGCUUUUAUCGACCUGCAGUUCAGAGGCAAAGACUCUUUUAUAAGACUUCCUCCUUGUCUCUCUCCACAGUACAAAUGCUGGACAUGUACUAGUACCUUAGAAGAGUCCUCAAGUUCAGUAUUUUAUAGUGGUUAUUGUCUGGAAAACUAAUUUGCUUGUGUUAAUACAGUAAGUUUCUACUUUCCCUAAUUUCAAACUGGUUGCCUGGAAGGCACAUUUUUGCACUAUAUUAGUGCAGCAUGAUAGGCACUUAACAAAUAUUGCCAUAGAAACUGCCUCUUUCAUAUGGGAUGAAGAUAUCUACACUAAGAGUGUCAUGGAGACAUUUACAAGUUACUGUAUCCUGAAGAGAGUAAAGUUCAUUUUGGAUGGCGACAGGAUGGAAUUAGCUAUUAUAUCUGCUGCAUACACUCUUCCUCAUCGCUGCAACCAUUGUGAAAUCGACAACAUGGCGGUAAUUUAAGUGUUGAAAUCCCAAACUCAUUAACCCUCCAAAAGAUGGAUCCCUCUAGUUGGUUUUUAAUUGUACUUUGAAGGCUAUUUAUGACUAGAUUUUUAUAUUUGUUAUCUUUGUUAAAAAAAAAA